AUGGAUACCGUAGUUCAAAGAAGAAAGGAUAAUUUUGCGAUGAAAAAUCAUUUACAUACAAUACUACUUCUUAUUUUGAUUGCAAUCUCCAUAAUAAUAUUUGUUCUCGUAGCUGUUAUAUUAGGUAUAAUCAGUCAUAAAAAAUAUAAUGAUAAUAUGAAUAUCAUUACAACUACAUCAACAUCAGCAGUGGUAAAACAUUUAUGGGAUACGAUUAAUUCCACUCAACUGAUGUUUCAUUUAAAAAAAUUACAAGAAAUUGCAGAUAAUAAUGGACGAACACGUGCACUCGGAACAUCGGGUUUUAAAGCGACUGUUGAUUAUAUUGAAACACAAUUGAAAUCAAAAACUAAUUUUCACAUAUUUAAAGAAGAAUUUGCAGUACCUGUGAGUAUACGGCGUGAGCCUGUUCUUACUUCUACAAUUGCUGGUGUUGACAAAAAUUACAUAUACGAAACAGAUUUUCGUAUGAUUUUUUCAUCAGCACCUGCCGACUUUCUAACACCUAUCCGUCUGACGAUCAUACCAAAUUCUGGUUGUCAAGAUGAAGAUUGGCAACGUGCCACACCAUAUUCAGCCAAUGGUAGCAUUGCAAUUGUCGUGCAUGAUCAAAACUGUUCUGUGGAACAAAAGAGUAUUGUAGCACAAAAAUACAAUAUUAAUGGUCUUCUCCUAUAUAAUAAUACUAAUACAACGCGUCUACCGAUUGUUUUUGCUGCAGAAAAUAUAACUUAUAUAGCUAUGGCUGUUUCCUAUGAAGUAGGUUCACAACUAAGUGAAGCAGUACAAAAUCAUGUAUCUACUAAUCCACAUGUUCGAAUGUUUAUGAUUCCUGGAAAUACGCUAAGAGUUAAUAUUUCAUCGGAGAAUCUAUGUGCUGAUAUACCAACUGGAAAUAGGACCCAAACAAUAGUAAUUGGUAGUCAUAGCGAUAGUAUUGAAAACGGUUCAGGAAUCAAUGAUAAUGGUAGUGGUGCAAUGGCUACUUUGGUAUUAGCUCUCAAUAUGGCUAAUCUAUUGCAAACAUCAUUCUAUGAAAAAUAUAUGUAUCGAAUUCGAUUCUGUUGGUGGGGUGCAGAAGAAAGAAACAUGUAUGGAUCAUUUCAUCAUGUUGAACAAGCUAACAUUACAACUGUUGAAGGUAAUCGUUUAAAAGAUUAUUUAAUGAUGUUGAAUUUCGAUAUGCUCGCUUCACCCAACUAUUAUUUUGGUAUUCAUCAAGGUAAUGGAUUACCAGAUAUUGUAUCAUCAAAAGUAAUAAAUGGUUCAGAAAGAAUCGCACAAAUAUUUCGUAAUUGGUUUGAUCAAGAAAAUUUACCAUGGGAUAAUAGUUCUCUUGGUCUCCUUAGUGAUCAUGUUCCAUUUUUAGUUUCAGGUAUUCCAAGUGGUGGGUUAUUUACAGGUGCAGAUGGACAUAAAACACUUGAACAACGAGAUCGUUAUGAUAGAAUGUUAGGACAUGGAUACGGUGGUAUUGCCAAAGCAAGUUUUGAUCCAUGUUAUCAUGAGACAUGUGAUACAAUCGAAAAUACUAAUCCAUUUGCUUUUGAAACAAUGGUGAAAGCAGCUGCCUAUACAAUAGAAACAUUCGCUCGGAUGUCAAAUUUGUAUCAAUAUCUCUAUGAAUGA